AUGAAGAAAAGCAAUCAACUGGUGCAGAUGGAGAAGAUAAAACAAAAACUUGAGGAGAAGAAUAAAGAUAUGGAGAAGACAAAACAACAACUAGAGGAAAAGACAAAACGACAACUAGAGGACAAGAACAAAGAGAUGGAGAAGACAACACAACAACUAGAGGAGAAGAACAAAGAGAUGGAAAAGACAAAACAACAACUAGAAGACAAGAAUAAAGAGACAGAGAAGACAAAACAACAACUAGAGGAGAGGAAUAAACUCCUCCAGGAGAGAGAGACAGAUCUAGAGAACAUGACUAAACGAGAGAAGGAGAGAGAGGGACUACUGGAGAACAUGACCAGUGAGGUGGAGACCAGUACAAGACAACUGGAGUCACUGGAAAAGGAACUGCAGGACAGGAACAGUCAACUACAGGACCUGAGAACCCAACUACAAGAACAAGGCAGGGAGCUGGAGGAGAGAGACAGACAGCUGGAGGAGAACAAGGAUGAAAAGAUUACACUUUUGACAGAGAGCAGGAAGAGACUGGAGGAGAGGAAUAAGGAGAUGGAGAAGACAAAACAACAACUAGAGGACAAGAACAAAGAGAUGGAGAAGACA